AUGGAAGAUCAAACCCUAAAUUUUCCCGAAGAUUUCUUAGUCGAUCCAAUAAUCAAGAAAAGAGCCGGAAAGCGGAAGAUUGAGAAGAAGCCUAUCAUCAACAAAGCAAGCAGACAAGUUACAUUUACGAAGCGGCGAGGCGGGUUGUUUAAGAAGGCGGCUGAGUUAUGUUCUUUAUGCGGUUCCGAGGUUGCCGUCAUCACUUUCUCCGGCGCUGGUAAACUCUACUCCUUUGGUCACCCGAAUGCCGACACGAUUGUUAAUCGCUAUAUUAAUUAUACGGCGGGAAUAAUAAAUGGUGGUAAUGAGAAUGAGAAUAAUUACUUUGGUACGGGUGGUGUACCUUCUGAGCAGUAUAAGAGGGUUUUAAGUGAUAUUGAGGUUGAGAAGAAAAGGACCAAUGGGAUUAGUCCACAUGGUGAUAAUUGCGAGGUCGGGUUUUGGUGGGAUAAGCCGAUUGAUAAUUUAGGGCUUUUGGAGCUUGAAGAAUUGAAGGUUUCUCUCGAGGGCUUACGUGAUCAAGUUUCUUCUAGGGUUAAUUCGAUUAAUAAUAAUAUUAAUUGUUCUUCCAAUAAUUCGACUAGUCAAUUUUCUGACUUGGUUUAAUUUUGAUCGAAGAAAAUUAGGGUUUUAUGUAAGAUUCCUAGUACUCUAGUAAUAUUACUAUUAGAUAUUUAG